AUGUUGGCAAUGAAAGAGGAUAUAAAAACAACCAUUAUAAAUAAUUUAAAGGAAAAAUGUUCAUAUUUAGAGACAAAACAGGAUCUGUUUGAAACUAAACUUCAACAACAAAAUACAGCAAAAAAGAACUUCGACAGAUAUUUGCGACGCCGCAAAAAUCGAAUUGAUGCAGCUCACCUUAUGGUGGAAUGUGUCAGAAAUGAAGAUAUUAGAAAUGAUAUGCUGCAAAUAACUCAAAAUUUUAUAGAGCUUGAAGGCUGUAAUUCAAUUUUGGCUUAUCGUCUCUCAGAACCGGCUAAGCUAUUGUACAAGAUUACGUUACUUUUAUAGGAUGAUGAUGCACUGUCGCGGACAACGGGCUCUGUUGUACUUCAAGUAGGAGCCUUGGAAUUACUAGCUCGGUAUUCUAUGAAUUCUGGCAGAGCAACCAGCGUGCUGUCAUCUCUCCAUGAGUUCAGGACUCAAGAGGCUGAGCAGAGUGGUGGGAAACAGUGGAACUGGAAGUAUUUGAGGGAUCAAUUUUAUCAAAAAGAUCUCGAAGGGUUAUAUCGAAAAUAUGACGACAAAUUGAGAGAAAUACUGAUAUUUAUUUAUGUAUUACUUUUAACAUUGUUUUCAACAAUUCACCUCGUUGUAGUAUUAGCUACUACUCAGGAACAGCAAAUACAAUGGAUAUCAACUUAUUUAUCACUGGGAAUGUAUUUCUUAAGAAUUGUUAUGCCAAUAAUAUCAUUCAUUAAAUGUUUAUACGUCCCUCUUAAGAAGAAAUGGUUUUGGAUUCCAAUUUUAAUCACGUUUUUUCUAACAGCUGAUCUUGUUAUAUCAGAUGUAACCGUUGCGAUAUACAGCUCAUUCGAGGGAGCAGCUUUAAGGCCAGCAUACUCGACGAUGGCAUUACUCUCGGUAUAUAUAUUUUUACCGAUGAGAAACAAUUAUCUAGCGAUAAUCUUGGGUGUUCUUGUCAGCAUUGUUUACGUGUUUGUUUUAUCUUUUGUUACUUAUUAUGACGACCCAAACAUUGAGAUAGAGGUUGCAUGUGAGGUUAUCUAUCUAAUUGGCGUUAAUCUCAUGGGUAUAUAUUUUCGACUGAUGAAUGAGAUAGUCACGCGACGUUCGUUUUUAGACAGACGGGCCUGCAUUGAAAGUACUUUGAGGCUUAAAUUCGUUAAAGAUCAAGAGGAACGUCUCAUGCUGAGUAUUCUGCCUGAACAUAUCGUAUCCCGAGUGAGACAAGAUAUAAGGAAUAUGUUUCUAGACAUCCGAUCGCAGAGCCAAAGUCACAACAUGAAAUCUUUCAGUCAGCUGUACGUAGAAGAACAUGACAAUGUCAGCAUAUUGUACGCAGAUGUCGUAAACUACACAAAAAUAUCUACAACUUUAUCCCCAAUGAGGAUGGUGGAACUGCUAAACGAACUUUUUGGGAGGUUCGACGAGGCUUCGGAGGAACACGACGUACUGCGGAUAAAAUUUUUAGGAGACUGUUACUAUUGUGUGAGCGGAAUCCCAAAACCAACGGAACUGCAUGCGAAAAACUGCGUUGAUCUUGGACUAGAAAUGAUUCAUAUAAUAAAAGACGUAAGAGAAAAGCGCUCCUUGAAUAUUGAUAUGAGAAUUGGUGUGCACUCGGGGAAAAUCUUAAGCGGUUUGAUCGGCAUUCGAAAAUGGCAAUUCGAUAUCUGGUCUAAGGACGUCACUAUAGCGAAUAAAAUGGAAUCGACGGGAAAAGCUGGCAAAGUGCACGUAACAAAGCAGACCCUGGAGCUGUUGUUGGACUACGCUAGAGAAUAUAUCAUUGAACCGAACUUUGCGUCUCAAAGCGACCCAUUUGUAAUUAAGAAUAAACUAGAAACAUUUCUGCUUUCGAGACCACCGAAGCCUCCAGCGGACUAUAAGCCGUUCCGAAGGGCUUCCGUUGGCUUCAACAAGAUAAUUACAACGCGCUCACGCGGUAGACGAUCGGAAAAUAGAAAUUCAUCAACGUUUCGUAGAACGACAGCUUUCAUGGAUGAAAAUCUAGUGGAGUACCAACAGAUGCUUAAAGCGGCAGACGCUCAAAUGGCCAAAGAAAUCGAAAAUAUGACUAAUGGAAAAGAGAAUCUAAAGCAUGAAUCAAGAUUGAACAGAAUAACUUUAAUGUUCAAAAAUUUGCAACUAGAAAAAACAUUCCUAGUUCAACCGGAUCCACUAUUCAAAUAUUAUACAACGUGCUGCCUCGUAGUAUUGAUCUUAAUCUCUAUUAUCAAUGGACUUACAACAAAGCGGUUUUACGAACUCACAUGGUACGCAAAAGUAUUGUACUCGCUUUUAGUGAUUGUAUUAAUAUUAAUACAGCCAAUAAGUUGGUUCCAAUUCGUGUGGUCAAAACAUAAAGGUAUCGACGAACCAAAAAAUCGAUGGUUGCGCCGUAUUUACGACCUUUCUGUGACACUCAUUAAAUCAGCAAAUAUAAGAACAGCAGUGUACCUUAUCAUAAGUCUGGGUCUUGCAACUACUUCAAUGAUAAACGUUAUUGCUUGCUCUAAUUUUGAAGCAGCACCUUUAAGAUUUACUGCUCUGGCAGACUGUGCGUCGUCAUGGCAUGUAACACAAUGCUGGAGUUUGGCGUUACUUUUGAACUUUUUAUUCAGUAGAGUAUUUUUCAUUUUCAAAUGGAUUGUCGCCGGUGGAAUGACCAUUUUCUACCUGUGGUUUGUUUGGGAAGUUAAAUCUUCACUUUUCUGUGUAGAUCACACUUGGAAUGUGGGUUUGGAUUCGCGAAUAUCUCAUACAUUAUCAGUUGUUUUUAUAACUAUUACAUUAUACUGGAUUGACAGAACCACAGAAUAUAGGAAUCGUUUAGAUCACUUGUGGCAAAUACAAUUGUCUGAGGAACAGGAAGAGGCGCAGACAAUGUUGAAAGUAAACAAUAUGCUUCUAGAAAAUAUUUUACCUGCUCAUGUAGUUCAAGUGUAUUUGGAUUUGAACAGAUCUUUAGACGAAUUGUAUUACGAGAAAUAUGAUAAUGUGGCAGUUAUGUUCGCUUCUCUGACAGACUACAAAUUAGGCCUCGAAAGCGACGCCGAAUUGAGCGAUAAAUUCGUUCUUAGUAUAUUGGACGAGGUCAUAUCUGACUUUGAUCGGCUUCUCCUUACCGGUACCUCGACACACAAAAUAGAAAAAAUUAAAAUGGCUGGUUGGACGUAUAUGGCAGCUUGUGGGUUAGACCCUAGUCGACGUGACUCAUUUGACUCUACUUCUCACACUUCAGUUUUCGAUAGAGCAAAAAAUACCCCGUACAACCAAGCUAUCGUAGUAACGAUGGUAGAAUUCGCUGCCGCAAUGAUGAUGCAGUUGCAAACAUUUAAUCGUGGUUCUUUUCAAAGUUUCGAAGGACUAAACCUACGAAUAGGUAUAUCUAACGGCGAAGUUGCGGCAGGUGUUGUUGGAUCACUUAAGCCUCUUUAUGAUAUUUGGGGCAAUGCUGUCAAUAUGGCAUCACGAAUGGAUUCUACUGGGGAAACGGGUAGAAUACAAGUGACUGAAAAUACUGCAUUAAUUUUAGACGAAUGUGGAAUUUUAACAAGUUACAGAGGAGAAACGUUCGUAAAAGGCAGAGGCUAUGUUAAAACAUAUUUCGUACCAUUAGAUGACAAUUUUAAUUUAGUGAAAAAACAAACCAGCUCAGAAUAUUUUAGAUCGGAUGUAGGGCAAUAUUACAUUGCUAGAAAUACAAUGCUUAGUGAUACUUCUGCAGAGACAAUUUCUGAUACUAUAUCAAGGAAUUCUAAUUACGAUGUAAGAAAUAGGUCGACUGAUAAUAAUAUUAUGUAUCAAUAUGAUGACGGUAAUUAUUAUGAAAGCUUUAACAGACUACAACGAUCUAUUAGUUACGUAGACAGUAUUGACAAUGUUAUUAGUAUACCACCAAUAGAUGAUCUAAGUGAUUCUUCCUCUGAACCUGAAGUUAUUGAAACUCGUUGUUAAUGUAUUAUUUCAUGAUUGUUAUUUUCGAAUGUUUAUAAAAUAAGUAUUUAUGAAUUAAUUUAUAUUUAUAAGUAAGGUUGUGUGUGACAAUGUAGGUUUUUUUUUCGUUAAGAAAUGUUAAUAGAUGUAAAGUCAAAAUAUAAUAAAAUUUAGUUUUAGUAAGAA